ACCUUGUGACUAGUAGACCGUCGGCCAUACUUGGGAUCAGUCCUGGCUGGAGUUUUUUAUGCAAAAGAAAAAAGGUGAAAAGGCAACCCAAAAAAAAGUGAAAAGAACAACAAGAAGAGAAAAUGUCGAUCUUCAGGAGUGAAAAGAUGAGCUUGUACCAGCUCUUUUUGCAGAACGAAUCUGCAUAUCGCUGCAUGUCCGAACUGGGGGAACUGGGUUGCGUCGAGUUCCGUGACUUGAAUUCGGAAGCCACGGCGUUCCAGCGAACUUUCUCUGCCGAAGUGACCCGCUGCAACGAGAUGGAGCGAAAGCUGCGCUAUCUGGAAGCGCAAAUCAUUAAAGAAGGCGUCAAAAUCGACGAGUUGGAUGAUAUGCCGCUUGCUCCGUUGCCAAAGGAAAUGGUCGAUCUUGAAGCAGCACUGGAUAAGAUGGACAGCGAAUUGCGAGAAAUCAACGCUAACAAUGAGGCGUUAAAUAAAAACUUUGUAUCGCUGACAGAAAUGAAAUUUACGCUCCAAAAUGCCGAAAACUUUCUCGGUGAUAGGGAAAGCAUUUUUGGAGCAGCCAGUGUCAAUGAUACGAGCGGUGCUUUGACUCUCGAGGAUGGAUUGACCCAGCAGCAGGCCAUGCAACGCUUCAGGUUCGUCACGGGCGUGAUCAGCCAAGAGAGAGCCCCAGGAUUUGAACGCAUGUUAUGGCGAGCUGGUCGUGGAAAUAUCUACUUGCGCAUUGCUCCUUUGCCCGAACCGCUCAAGGAUCCAGUAACGGGCAAUGACGUACUUAAAUCAGUAUUCAUCGCGUUUUAUCAAGGCGAUCAACUUAAAGGACGAGUCAAAAAGAUUUGUGAGGGCUAUCACGCUGCCCUGUAUCCGUGUCCGGAAUCAGCUGCUCAACGCCGGGAGACCAGCAUUGGCGUGUUUUCACGCCUUCAAGACUUGACAACCAUCCUCGAUCAAACCAAGCAACAUCGUCACCGGGUCCUCGAAGCUUCCGCUAAGCAUUUGCGUUCCUGGGUCGUCAAAGUUCGCAAGAUCAAGGGUAUUUUUCAUACGCUGAACAUGCUCAGCGUUGACGUCACUUCUAAGGCACUGAUUGCGGAAUGCUGGAUUCCUGACGCUGAUGAGCCGAGAGUUCGUUUGGCUCUCAAACAAGCAAGUGAAGCCAGUGAUUCAGUUUUCCCACCAAUUUUGAACGAGUUGCCGACCAACGCCAAACCGCCAACGUAUUUCCGCACGAACAAGUUCACUUACGGUUUCCAGGCUCUAGUCAAUGCGUACGGAAUUGCCAACUACCGCGAAGUCAAUCCCGGCCUAUACACCAUCAUCACUUUCCCGUUUCUCUUCGCUGUCAUGUUUGGCGAUGGAGGGCAUGCGCUUAUCGUGACUAUGUUUGCCUCCUGGAUGUGUUUGAAUGAAGAGAAAUUGUCUAAAAUCAAGGAAGAGGUGUUUAGCAUCAUCUUUGGAGGCCGUUACAUUAUCUUACUGAUGGGCUUCUUUUCAAUUUACACCGGAUUUAUCUACAACGACUUCUUCGCCAAAGCGUUCAACAUAUUCGGCUCUGCUUGGGUCGUUAAUUACCCAAGUGAACGACAUCCUGGUGGUGAAUAUCUGAUUGGCGAGGGCAGUAUGGAGAGCGCAAUGCUCGUACCCGAUCGUCAUUACGAUGUCUGUCCGAAUAAAACCACAACCAGGGUAUUCGGUUUAGACAACGAAACAGAUUUUCAGGCGUGCGGACAUUAUCGGCAGGAUCCCUACCCGUUCGGCGUGGAUCCCGUGUGGGUCAUAGCCGAAAACAAGAUCGUCUUCCUCAACUCGUACAAAAUGAAAUUGUCCAUCAUCUUCGGUGUCUUUCACAUGAGUUUCGGCAUCUUCUUGAAUCUAUGGAACUUUACGUACUUUAAGCGCCGUUUAGCCAUUCUAGUGGAAUUCUUGCCGAGAAUUCUCUUUUUCUGGCCACUCUUUGGUUACAUGAUGUCGCUUAUGUUCCUUAAGUGGGUCAAGUACGGAGCCAACAAAGAAGAUCGUGUGCUGAAAUCUGAUUGUGCCCCAUCGAUUCUAAUCACUUUCAUUAAUAUGAUGCUUUUGAGCUACGGCGAAGAUAAGACGAAACCGCCGAACGAAGAGUGCAAAACGGUUUUCAUGUUUGGUGACGACGAAGGUACUACCCAGAAAACCAUUCAAAUAGCCUUCGUGAUUAUUGCUGUUCUCUCAGUCCCAGUUUUGCUUCUUGGCACGCCCCUCCAAUUUAAAAUGAAAGAAAACAGGAUGAAAAAAGCCAGGGCCUCUUACAGCAACGACAGUGGAAGCAGCAGAAGUGACGGAAAUGAGCCAGAAGAUAGGGAGCCCAUUGUAAAUAGUUCCACGAUGAAUGUUGAAUCUGGCGGGAAACACCCGGAACCCAUCGGUGAUUACGAUCAAAACCAAGGUGGCAGUCACGACGACGAGCACAACACAUUCGGAGAUGUCAUGAUCUACCAGUCCAUCCACACGAUUGAAUUUGUUUUGGAGUGUAUUUCGCAUACCGCAUCAUAUCUCCGUCUUUGGGCCCUCAGUCUUGCCCAUUCUCAGUUGUCUGAAGUACUAUGGUUCAUGGUAUUGAGAAUUGGUUUCAAGGCCCUUCCAGGUUAUUAUGGCAGCAUUUCGAUUUUCUUGACGUUCGCUUUUUGGGCUAGCGCUACCGUGUCUAUCCUGAUCGCCAUGGAGGGCAUGUCGGCCUUCUUACACACCUUACGUCUUCACUGGGUUGAGUUCCAGAGCAAGUUCUACAAGGGAGAGGGAGUCAAGUUCCACGCAUUCCACUUUAAGCGAGUUACUGACGAUGUUAAAGAUGACUAACAGUAAAUCCCAAGUGGAACAAACAUAUGUAAUACGAUAGGUACAAUACACAGCAAGCACAGGCAUACUUGAA